AUGGCCGAACGAGACACUAGUCCAGGGGUCCCCAACGUGGUCCCCAUGGGCGCCAAGGUGCCCUUCCUGGCUCAGGUGGCGUUUCUCCAGGGGGAGAGGAAGGGCCAAGAAAACCUCAAGACGGACCUUGUACGGCGGAUAAAGAUGCUGGAAUAUGCUUUGAAGCAGGAGAGGUCGAAAUACCACAAGCUGAAAUUUGGGACCGAACCGAACCAAGGGGAGAAGAAGCCGGACGUGUUGGAACCAGUCUCCAACGGGCCAGGAGAGCCACUUUCCUUGGAAAGCAACCAGUUCAUGUGGAAGGAAGGACGCCAGCUCCUCCGCCAGUACCUGGAGGAAGUGGGCUACACGGACACGAUCCUGGACAUGCGCUCCAAGCGAGUGCGCUCCCUGCUGGGCCGCUGCUCCAUGGAGCUGAAUGGUGCCGCCGAACCCAGCGGCUUGGGGACGGGCCCCGCCUCCGGUCCUGCUGGGCUCAACGGGGGCGAGUCCCUCCUCGUCAAGCAGAUAGAGGAGCAGAUCAAAAGGAACGCGGGGAAGGAGGCCAAGGACCGGCUCGGCAACACGGUGAUGGAGAAGAUCCCCUUCUUGCAAGGCUGCGAUGAAGACGACAGCGACGAAGAGGAGGAUUUGGAAAGCGCCCCCCUCGAGACGCAGCGGCAGCAUAAGAAGCAGAGAGUCAAGCGGAAGGCCAGGUUUGUGCAUAAGGCCAGGAGAAACAGCGAGAUUGCUGCUUCUAGUCCGAACGCUGAAACCCGCCGGGUGAAGCUGCAAGGGAUGCUUGCCGAUCUCAGAGACGUCGACGGGCUUCCUCCUAAGCCAUCUAUGCCCUCGGCCAUCUCCAGCCAGCCCCGGUCUCACGAAGGGUCGCUGGGCUUCUCCUCGGACGUUUUCAUCAUGGACACCAUCGGCGGAGGGGAGGUCAGCUUGGGCGACCUCGCGGACCUGACCGUCACCAACGACAACGAGCUAAGCUGUGAUCUCUCGGACAGCAAAGACUCCUUCAAAAAGACCUGGAAUCCCAAAUUCACCCUCAGGAGCCAUUACGACGGCAUCCGGGCCCUGGUCUUCCACCACGCGGAGUCCGCCCUGGUCACCGCCUCGGAAGACGGCACGCUGAAGCUAUGGAACCUCCAGAAGACGGUCGCCGCCAAAAAGAACGCCGCGUUGGACGUGGAACCGGUCUAUGCAUUCAGGGGACACAGGGGCCCGGUGCUCUCAGUCGCCAUGGGCCCCAACAGCGAAUACUGCUACAGCGGAGGAACGGACACCAGGAUCCGUUGCUGGAGGAUCCCGGAUCUGGGCAUGGACCCCUACGACGGUUACGAUCCGAGCAUCCUCGGCAAGGUCCUGGACGGCCACGCAGACUCCGUCUGGGGCUUGGCGUUCAGCCCCUCCAAGAACCGCCUGGCGUCCUGCUCGGCAGACGGCACGGUUAGGGUCUGGGACCCGAGCAGUAGCUCUUCCUGCCUCAGCACCUACAGCACGGGGAGCGAGCACGGAAUCCCGACCUCCGUCACGUUCUCCAGCACCGACCCCUCGCACGCCGUGGCUGCCUUCCAGACGGGCGACGCCGUCCUCUACGACGUGGAAGCCACCUGCCCCAUCCUGACCUUGGAAUCUAGACCGGCCAGUGGAGCCAGCCAGAUCAACCAAGUCGUGAGCCACCCGACCCAGCCGGUCACCAUCACGGCCCACGACGACCGAGGCAUCCGCUUCCUAGACAAUCGGACAGGAAAAGUUGUCCACUCCAUGGUGGCUCAUCUAGACGCCGUCACCUGUCUCGCCGCGGAUCCCAAUGGAGUCUUCCUCAUGUCAGGGAGCCAUGACUGCUCCCUCCGUCUCUGGAACCUGGACAACAAGACCUGCAUGCAGGAGAUCACGGCGCACCGCAAGAAGCACGAGGAGGCCAUCCACGACGUCGCCUUCCACCCCAGCAAGGCCCUGAUCGCCAGUGCUGGGGCCGACGCCCUGGCCAAGGUCUUCAUAUGAACCGUGCGGCCUGCAGGUGCGUCACCAGGACUCCUCUCUCGCUUUCUCUGGCCCAGCCAGUGGUGCUAACGCUUCCCCUCUUUGCCACGGGCGCCCAGCCCCGUCUCAGCUCAGGCCUGACCCCUGCUGGACAGCGGCGGCUAGGGCGGGGUGAGAGGCCGUCCUCCUUCCUUGACCGUGGGCUCACCGUUACUCAACCAGCACCGGAACUAUUUUUCCCUGCUCGUCUCGAGGUUGCCCGGUUUUUAUCUCCCAGCUCGAGGGAGCGGAGUGGAAGCAUCCUCCCGGACUGUCCUUGCAGGGAGGGAGGAACGCGGCCUGGGACGUUCAGGGGAGAGCUCACACGGCAGGCUUCCCGCACCCUCGCCGGCACGUACCGCCUUGGGCCGAGACGUCGGAGAUCCUCGCGCUUUCCCUCCGCCGCCCCUUGGGCCUGUGACUCUUUUGUAUUUUUCAAAUAACCCGAUUUCGGCUGUUUGGGAAAGUGAGGGGGGGGGAGGCGUAGUCUGGUGGGGAAAGAACACCCCACAGGCCUAGUGCCGAAGCGCACCUCGACUGGCACAUGCCGCGGUCUUGGAACUCUUUGUCUCCCGGCAGAACUCCCUUGCCCAAGCCCAAGGAGGGACGAAAUGCAAGCGGAACCUCCCUCGCCCAUUCCCCGGUACCGGCAGGCCGCGGCCAGCACGGGCUUCCAGUCGGUGUGCCCUGCCUGGGUUUCUGGGGAUGGCGGGGUCAUCCGGUGGCGCUUCGGAGGCCGAAGGGCUGCCACGUCCCUUCCCCGUUUCUCUCCACUUGUGUCCCCCACACACACACGCGCAACUUCUGCCCACUCCAAAUGCACCCUUUCUUGAGGAUUCUCUCUCCUCCAGCGAACCCUCGCAGCGUGCGUGACCCACAGAAAGGGGGAAGGAGUGUGUGGGGAUCCCUCCUCCCCUACUUCCGGUUGUCUUCCGCCAGGCGGCAAAGCUUCCCCACCCCCCCUCCGCCCGCCUCUGUUCCUCCUUCCCCCUCAUUCCUGAGGAGCUCGCCGGUCAGGGGAGAGGGAGAAGCCGAGGAGUGUGACAGCACGGGAAGCGGACCGGGCCCGGAGGUGGUGCCGAUCCGGUGGCCGGCCGCAAGGCGUGUCUGGGCUCCCUAGCGGCUGGCGGGCGGUUCAGAGCGGGCAGGAGGAGGUUGGAGAGUUUGAGAAUGGGGCUGGGAAUCAUCAGGCAGGAAUAGUUCCCUGUGGGCGCUCGGGGUGCGGGUGGUUGUUCACACACACACACACACAGCCUACCUUGGCCCAGGUCUGCUGGGGCAGAACGCUUCCCAGGGGGAGGGCAGCGGGAGUUCUGCCUUCACUCCUCCUCCUUCCCAGGGACUCGUGCCCAGAAAGGGGGAGGGGGAUAGAAAAGGCAGUCAGGUCUCAGCUCGCUCAGACGGUGGCCGGGGGGGGGGAAGGCGGGAACGACUGAGCCCCACACUCCCCUUUACCCAGUGGGGAAAUCUGGGGGGCGGGGAAGCGGCCGCCUUCCUCCCCUCUCAAGCCACCGAUCGCCUAAGUCUUUUCUGGCUCCGGGCUUCCCCCAUCUCAGCAAUAAACCCCUCUCUCCCCACCCCCUCCCCAACCACUCACUCGAUUCCCGAAUCGCCACUGCGGGCGUUGGGGUCUGUGCCUGGGGAGUCGUCCUGUAAGGAAGGCCGUGUCGCCCACCCUCAGGGCGUAGCAAAAAGCGUCACAGCUGGCCUGGCGUCCCGAAGGCGAGACUGGCCGGAGGUGCGGCGGGGGUUAGAGCAACAGCCGUGGGGGGCUGCCCCCCCCCCCCCGCCAGCGCAGCUCCCUGUCCUCGCGUUCUUCCUCUUGCCCGUGGUGGGACUCAGCUCCCGCAGUUGGCGGUCCUCGCCAGACGUCUUAAAAAACGUUCGCCGGACCGGGAAGCGUAGCGCGUGUGGGUUUGACGGGCAUGGCCCCCGCCUCUGGCCCUGUGCGCAUCAGCUGAAGUCAAGAACUCCCCUCCCGUCUCAGGGAAAAGGUCUUUGACUUCUCCUGAACAAGCGAAGCGGGAAUUGUCGCAGGGAGGUCAACCCUUCUUGAGCCCUCACCUCCGGACAAGACAGUGGUGGCCCCGUGCCCUUCCGCUGGUUGGCGUGACCCCGACAGGCCAGAGGGAGUUUUUUCCCGCCACACACACACUUGUUGCCCCCCCAGCAAUGCCAAACCUCUCCAGCUUCUGCCCCAGGGUACUCUUUGAGGCCUUCCUAGUGGAACCUGUUAAGAGGAGGGGAAGAGGACCAGGGUAUGUGUGUGUGUGGGGGGGAGCCCCGCAGCACGCCGACCUCAUGGAAAGUUGAGCCAUUGCGUGACAAAUCAAGGCAAGGUGGCUUCCGAAGACGGCUGCCGCCGCCUACCCUCACCAAGGUGGGCUUCCCGUUUUCAAAGAGCUGCGCACGGGGUCCUGUCGCCCUUUGCCAGCACCUCCUUUCUCCUCUUUUCUCCUCCCCUCCUUUCUCCUCUCUCCUGCUCCCCUCCUUUCUCCUCUCUC